AUGGACUAUUUAAACAAAAUUUACUCAAAUUAUGUAGAUGAAGAAACCAAAGAGGGAUAUUAUUAUACAGAGGAUAUAGUUACAAAAGAAAAAUUGAAAAAUUGUUGUAAAAGAUGGAGUAAUAAUAUGAAUAACACAGAUUUAUACCUAAGCUACAAAAACGAAAUUGAUGAAAAUUCUUUUUUUAAACUUGUAAAGAAAACAUGGAAUAUACUUUUUUUUAAUGAAGAAAAAAAAAAAGGAAAAUUCUUAUACCAUGAAGAAAACGAAAAUAUCUACAGCCUACCAAAUUUCUUAAUUAUAGACACUCUUACUAGCAAUGUGGUUACUUCAUAUGACACUGAUCAAGUGGAAAUGUCUUUAGAUUUGGGGAAUGCAACUAUUAAUCAUAACGUGAAGGUUGAUGAGGAAGAGGAGGAGGAGGAGGAAGGACUUGAUUUGGAUGAUAAUUUUUCUGGGCACAACUAUUGUGACAGACAGUUGGACUGGGAUAAGCAAAAUGGGCCACUGGACAAAAGCACAGAUGAAAUUCCCGUGGAAAAAAAAAAGAAUGAUGGUCAAGUGGAUAAAAGCACAGGUGAAAUUCCAAGGGACAAAAAAAAGAAUGAUGGUCAAGUGGAUAAAAGCACAGGUGAAAUUCUAAGGGACGAGAACAGAGAUGAAAUUCCAAGGGACAAAAAAAAGAAUGAUGAUCAAGUGGAUAAAAGCACAGGUGAAAUUCCAGCGGACGAUAGCACAGAUAAAAUUCCAAGGGACGAAGGUAGUUCUGAAGGGAAAGAGUUGGAUGAAAAAUGGAAAAUGGAUCAUUGUACAAUGCUAAGGAAAUAUGAUAACUCCAUGCUCUUAGGAAAUAAUCGCUUCAGGAAUAGUACAAAAGAUAUGGGAAAUUGUAAAAGUAGCACUGUUAAUAAAAAAUAUAUUGAUAUCUAUCAUAGACACGACGAUACUUACAGCUUUCAGGACAAAGAAAUAGAUGAUUUUCUGAUUCUACCGGAUUCCUCCAUGAACCAUAUUUCUAACGAUUUGCUGCAUCUCUGUGAUGAUGAUUCGUUUCUUUUAAAAAAUAUUAUUGUUAUGAAACAAAUAAAUCUGGGCAAUAAUGAAGAACACAUUAAACUAAACAAGGAAGAACAAUUGAAUGAUAUGAAUCUAUAG